AUUAUUUUGCCAAAGUACUGAUUUCCAAGGACAAGAAUGAACUUACCUAGAAUUAUGACACUGGUGUAUUGAUUAGAUAUUUUGCAUUAAUAAAUGUUUAUUGUCAGAGUCUAUCAUGAUGAUAAGAAUGAAGACUGAUGUGUGUAUGCCCUGUUGAGUUCAGUGUAACAGGAAAUGAAGACUGUCCUGUAGAACAAAGCAGCAGCGACAGCAGAGAGACACAAAGAGCUGCUCAAACAUGACAGGCAGAGAAAACCUCAUGAGACUAUUGCUGCUGUUCGGUCUGCUUCUAACAGUUGUGACAGGCAAAAAGGAUGCCGUGUUUGUGUACAGCAGACUUAGAGGUGAUGCCCUCCUGCCAUGUAUCAACCCGGUUUCCCAAGACUGCUCCUUGAUCACCUGGACCUUCUACAAAGGCGGCCGGGUGCGGUACACCGAGGAGGUCAUCAGGGGUCAGGUGAGGGCAGAGUCAGACAAGUCCAGCCGCAUGUCCAUCACAUCCAACUGCUCACUCAUCCUCCGUGAACUCAUUGUCGACGAUGCCGGCUCCUACGUCUGCGUGAUGCAUGGACAAGCCAUCACUGAUGUUUACCUCUCUCUCCUCACCAUCACUUCACCCUCCACCAUCACUGACCUGCAGCCUGGAGGAACCCUCACUCUGAACUGUAUCCUCUUCACUUACUAUGAUGUUGGGAGCUGCAAGUCAUAUUCCAGCAUGUUCAACCUCAGCUGGGCAGCUGAGGACGGUUCUAUGCUGCCCAAAGACACCAGGUAUGCGCACAUUGCCCACACUCGCUGUAACACCACUCUGGUCACAAAACUCCAGGGGGAAGACAACAACAGGAAGUGGAGGUGUCAGGUCAACGCAGCAGAUAACAGCAGGGCAACAUUUCUGGACUUCACAUCUACAUUUUUGUUCCAACCUCCUUCCACUGCCCAGACUCUGAUUCCUUCAGAAACCAUCGACUGUCCAGUCCAGCUGCCCAUCAGCCGCAUCGUGCUCUGUGCCGCUCUGCCAGUCAUGGUGUUAAUUGUGGGAUUCUUCACAUGGAAAGGAGAUCGUAAGAGGGCCAAACUAGCUGCAGCUGGCAUCGAACUUCAGGAGAUUAACUGACAGUUUGCCACUGUGUCUUUCCUUGGGUUAUUCUUUGCUUUCAGCAGGAUUUCUUUACUGUAUCUGUUUGAUGGCCCCGUUUUUAAGCCCCAAUCCCCAUGGAUCCCAGACGAUGAAGACAUGUGCUACAAUUCAGAUUUUUAGAUUUUCCACAUGAAGCUAAGCUAACAUCAGUAGGCUACUUCAUGUGUUUUAGCACUGUGUGGUGAUUGUGUAAUAAUUUUCAAUACCAAAACAGAUUGCUUUUAUAUUUUAUUUUUAUUUCAAAUUAAAAACCUGAAACUA